AUGGAUUUGGAAACAGCACGUGCAAAUUAUCCAAACAGACUAGAGAGGUUAGAAGAAGAACGUCUUAUGGACAUGCCUUUCGAUGUUUCUGAGCCUCAAGUUGAAGGACACGACGGCUUUGCCAGAUUCUACUGGAAACAUGACGAACAAUUGCAUCCUUUGAGAAGGAAAAAAGGUAGUGCAGAGGAUGGUCAUGCUCCCAUGGAAAGAACAAGAUAUGCAUAUGAGAAGUAUCGUGAAGUUAGAAGUCAAAUUACAUCUGGUCGAACCUUUACAGUAAACUUUGACGAAGGAAAGAACAAAGAAGGCUUCAUGGGUGUACUUGCUGCAAUUCAAGACGGAAAUAAGAAAGGAUACAAUCUCAGACUAACCGUAAAAGAUUUAGAUGGUCACAUUUACUAUGCACAUGGCAAUGUCACAACAGCUGCAAUGCUUCUUGACGCUUUCAAGACUACAAAGAGAGAACAAAUGGUUGACUCCGACUCAGACAUUUUGAAUGCAAUUGAAGGAAUUGCAAGUGUCAAGUUCGAAUGGUACCAACCUAACCCUCAAGCAGUCAGACAACAUGCUGGAUACUUCCUGUUCAUAAAUAAGUCUGACAUUGACUUGACAAGGUAUGGAAUUUACAAUUCAAUUGAAACAAUUGUCAAUGAACCUUGUAUUCUUACAUGUCUCAGGAACUCUGGUCUUGUUACAGAAGAGAAGAUGAAGUAUCUUGAGUCAUGUGUGAAGACAAGGUACAUUCUCAGAGGUCAAUUGGCAAAAAUUGCACCGUUGGCAAAUGUCAAUAUCCGAGUCAGCAUACCUACAGCUAAAGGUUCUUCACAUGACGACUAUGUUGUUGACAAAGACUUACCAUGGUUGAAGAUUGUAAUUGUCCACAACCACUUCAUGUUGA